AUGGCGUACCAAAAGCUGGAAGAAACCAGCGUUGCCUGCCCCAGUCUGCAAGACUAUAACGUGUUCAUAGUGGGGUACAAGGGACACGGCAAGUCAGCCACUAUGAUGAACAUUAUACGGGACGUAAAUUACAAGGGAGCCGCGGGCUACAAAAUAGAGGAGAGAACACACGAGAAAUGUACAUUUUAUGAUACGCCAGGUUUCGGCUCACUGGACACAACGGACUCGCACGUGCUGCGCGUGAUAAACGCAAAAGCCCACGCGGUCGGUGAAGUGCACGCCGUGUUAUUUGUACUGCGUUAUUCGCACAUCACAAGCUCAGUGAUUACUUUUAUACAUCUACUCCAGGACGCAUUCGGGCCAGACUACCACAGACGUACCAUCAUAGUCUUUACUUUCACUAACCAUGAAGCCGACUUAAAGUUAGCCGACUAUUUGAAUGACAGUCCGCCGGAAUUUCAGAAAUUUGUCGGCUUGUGUAAUGGCAGGGUGAUCAUGUUGGAAAAUUCUGACUUCCAGACUGGGGAAAAUGCUGCCUCACAAAUUGUGGACAUGAUAACGAACAGAAUGCAAUCAGAGCCAUUGGCAGUCCCAUGGUCCAUCUUUCCUUCUAGUAUAAUUUAUGAAUAA